AUGGCCAGCUCGGGUGCUGUUCAGGUGAAACUAGAACUCGGUCAUCGUGCCCAGGUCCGUAAGAAACCCACUGUGGAAGGCUUCACCCACGACUGGAUGGUGUUUGUCCGAGGACCGGAGCACAGCAACAUCCAGCACUUUGUGGAGAAAGUAGUUUUUCACCUGCACGAAAGUUUCCCCAAACCAAAAAGAGUGUGCAAGGAUCCACCGUACAAAGUGGAGGAGUCUGGAUACGCAGGCUUCAUCUUGCCUAUUGAAGUUUACUUCAAAAACAAGGAAGAACCCAAGAAAGUUCGCUUCGAUUACGACCUGUUCCUCCACCUGGAGGGCCACCCGCCUGUCAAUCACCUGCGCUGCGAGAAGCUCACCUUCAACAACCCGACGGAGGAGUUUCGUAGGAAGCUGCUUAAAGCCGGAGGGGACCCCUGUAUGCUGCUGCAUUCACCUUCAUGAAGCUCAGCACAGACACAGCGAAGCAGCAGCUCUAAACAACCUUCUUCUUCUGCCUCUGAUGGCUCCAAAGGAAGCGGUACUACCCUCCUCACCACCGCCACAACCACCAGCACCAACAGCAGCAGCUUCUCCAAACUCCACAAACCCUCCAAGGACCACAAAGACAAGCCCCCAAAAGACUUGAAAGAGCCCAAAAGUGCCUUCAGAGACUCUGGCUGGGAACCCAGCAAAGCCCCCAAAGAACCUUCCAGGAAACCCAAAGAGAACCAGCCACUUAGAGAUAUAAAUCCUAAGAUGGGCUUCAAGGAACCCAAGUCUUUGUCCAAGGAGCAUCGGACUGAGGGGAUGACCCACGGGUCGGGGCUUAACAAGCGCCUGUCUAACCCUGACGGUGACGAUCAUGUGACCAAAAAACGUAAAAAGGGAUUUGUGGAAUCAUCAGGGAAGCAAACAUCGGGGUUGGACGCUCAUCAUUUGGAUAAGAAACUAUUGAAGGAUAGAUCGCUGAUGCAAACGAAUAAAUUACGAGCGGAGGGCGACGAAACCGAUCGCAGGAAGGCGUCGAUGCUUCCACCUUUCCAGGAACUGGUGGACCCCAAUGACUCUGAUAUGGAGGACCAGUCUAACAAAUCAGAUUCAGAACAGCCCAGUCCAGCCAGUUCAAGCUCCAGUUCAGGCUUUGCUCCCAUGCACCACAAACGCCAAGUGCUGGGCCCGCUGCAGUCAGUCAUGCAGGAUCUGCACUCGGACGACAACGACGACGACUCGGAUGACGACGACGACAACGACAUGGACUCUGACAUGGAGAGACACGCACACGCACAUCUCACACACCACCAACGCAGGGUCAGUUUGAGUGACGGCAGUGAGAGUGACAGCUCCCCCCCUUCCUCCCCCUCCCGCAACGAGGCUCCGCCCUUAUUAAAGACUACUAAUAACCAGAUUCUGGAUGUGAAGAGUCCCACCAAGCAGAGCAAACAGGACAAGAACAAAACUCUAGAUUGUGACAAGGCUUACCUUGAUGAGCUGGUGGAGCUGCACAAAAGACUGAUGACACUAAGAGAAGGUCACAUACUACAACAGAUUGUAAACCUCAUUGAAGAGACGGGACACUUCCACAUCACAAACACUACUUUUGACUUCGACCUUUGCUCCUUGGACAGAAGUACAGUAAGGAAACUCCAGAGUUACCUGGAGACCUCUGGACUGUCCUGAGGCUCUGAGCAGCUGGCUGCUGGAUCUGUCUCCACAUAUACUUUUGUUUCUUUUGUUUUUUUUCUUGAAUGAACUCCAACUUUUGGAUACAAUGCAAAAGCCCCACUGUGGCUUUGGUCCAGUUGUGUUCAGCCUGUUGGUUGGACCGGGCUCUCUUGAAUGAAGAGGUCCCGCUACAGAAACCAGAGCCAGGUGUUGUGGGGGAUGAGCCCUGUCGAUCAGGA